CUUGUAACUACCUGCUGCCACCUUGAAACAACAGAGUACUUGCUACAUAAUGCCUCCAAAGAAGAAGAAGGUCCCCAAAAGAAUCCCCAUGGAAGAUUCUGCCAGCGAGAAUACAAAAAGGGCCACCAAGGCCCUCCGACCACUUCAACCUGUUGACCCUGUCGACCCUGAUGAGCUGCAGGACCCGCUGGCACCACCUGACGAGAUACCCAGAGAUUCAGACUCGGAUGCCAGCUCGAUGGGCCCUCCAGGAACUGCUGCACCCUCGAAAAAAAGAACCAUCCAGCGCAUCACCCGAAAACUCACCGAUGCCGAGGAAGUCGAUGUGAUAGAGUGGAUCCAGGCUAACCCCAGUAUUUUCAACAAGGCGCAUGCUGAUUACAAAAACACGAAGAAGCGGGACCAGUUGUUCGCCGACAAAGCCGACCAGCUUGGAGAGGGGUUGACCGGACAGGACCUAUACAAAUGGUAUCUUGGGCAGCGUACGGCGUUUACAAAGUUGAUCAAGCGUCCGGCCAGUGGCAGUGGUACAGUCUUGAUGACCGCCCGACAGCAGUGGGUGGUAGAGAGCAUGUCCUUCCUCAAGGGGCAUUGUACAUCGAUCCCCGUACGGAAAGGUGUGGAUUUGACUGCUGCCAGGAAGAAGCGGUACGGCGAUGCACCCUUACAGAACAUACCAGCCUCAGACCCAGCUGCACCAGAAGAUGCACCGUCUACACCUUCUACAGCUUCAGUCCACUCAGAUUCAGAUCUGCUAGAAGAGAGGGAAGCUGUAAGUAACCACAGAAUUUUUUCAGCAACUUUGAACAUAUGUAAAAUAUAAAUUGUCGAUCGCAUAUUGUAGCCAAAGUAUUAACUGGCCUGCAUAGCUCAGUGGAUAAUGCGCUUGCCGUGUAAUCCAUAGUUCGAUCCCGGGUCGGGGCACACACAUAUAUGCCAGUCAUAUUGCAGCAUAAUGCUGACUGACAAAUCAAGGCUACGUCCGGCAUAUUUUUCAAAUACAUCUACCAACAAAU